AUUUUUUUCCAGUGAUGGGUCUUGCUGGAAAGAGCUUUCUGAUGGCACAACUGUGAGUGAAACCAACGCAAUAUGUUCAGUGUGGAGGACCUCCUGAUUUCUCAUGGAUACAAAUUGUCUAAAAAUCCCCCUGCUUCCUACGAGAACAGAUAUGAUGGAUACCGGCAUGAAGCUGCAGGGAACAGAUCUGGUCAGAGAACGCUGAAUGGCUUUGAAGCAGACCCUAGGGCUGCUUACUGCAAGAAGCCUCUGACGAAAACCAACUCGAGCAGCACCGAAAGCAGUCAUGGGAGCCAAGGGAGACAAGCAGGUCCUGGUUACCACCAUGACCUUCAGGGUUUGUCCACUUUUCAUACUUCAGAAGGGGGGGUUUAUGACAGGCCUCAACUAGCAUGGUCUUCCCAGCCCAAGAGUGAUAAAGAUCUGGCCUACUGGAGAAGGCGAGGGCAGGACUUCAGCGUGCUGCUGGGCUACUCCCAGAAAGGAGGUGCAGAAAUGCAGGGUCUAGCUGCAGCCCAUGGGGCACCCAGGCACCCCAAGGAUGCUCAGCUGAAAGUGGGGUUGAGCACAGAGUAUGUCAGGAGAAGUGGAUUGCCUGAAAGCUGUGAGGGGCCUGGGGACUGCAAAUGGCAGAACAUGAGAACAGAAUGCUGGAACCAGCCAAAAAAGGUAGGAAGGCAAAUGUCGGAUGGUGACAGAGAGAAACUGCUCCAAGAGCUGUAUUCACUGACUCUGGGAGACGAUGUCUUAGGCUCCCACAACAAAGGGAAAUCGCAGUCCUUGCCAAGAGUCCUUCUGCAGGAGAGCAUGAGGUGUGUGGAAAUGCCCUCCCUGACCAACAGCAACAACUCCCUCAGCGUAAGUAAAGCCCCCUCCUAUCCCUCACACAGACUGACUGCGGAAUCGGCCAAGCACCAUGAAAUGGGAGGCCAUUUCCUUCCCCUGGUGAAGCCCAAGUAUGGGAGACCUCUGAAGCCUCCAUCCUAUGAACUGCAGCGACAGAGCAGAACUGUCGAAACUGGUUGUCAGGACCACUACCAGAAGAAUGAACCCAUUUCCUAUUUAGCCAAAGCAAGUGAGCCAAGGCAAGAUGCCUGUGUUCAUGAUCCUGGUUUGGAGCCCCCGGUCUAUGUACCUCCUCCUUCUUACAAAUCCCCACCUCACCAUACCGUGAGCCCACAUCCCUUCAGUGAAGUGCCUAACAAUGCCACAUAUGCCAGCAGUGAUCAGCAGGACACUGCAGAGCGGGCUGUUGCCUGCCAACGACCAGCUGUGAACAGUGUUGAAAUGGGAGGCGCACCUUGCAAAGACAGCCAUCUUCCUCCUGGGAAGCAAAGCCAUUCGAGGCACCCUGCUGACUUCCUGCGUUCUGUUCAGUAUAUUCCCUUUGAUGAUCCUCGGAUACGGCAUAUUAAAAUUGCACCACCUGAAGGUCUGCAGGACAACAUUAAAUACAUUGAAAAUGCACACAGUCCCAGUUCCGGUACUUCGCAAGAGAGAGAUCUUGAAGUACAGUACAACAGUGCCUUUUUGGAUGCAUCACACUUAGCCGGUUCUGUAAAGGGAGAAAGAACUUCUGACAGCUCCACCCACAGCAGCAGAUGGUUGGCACCAUCCGUCCGAGAUCAGGAAAAUUGUGCCUUGCUGGACCAAAGAGACAGUUGUAGCACAGCUAAUCACAGCCCCUGCAAUGAAGCCAGCACAGAGUACACAAAAGGCAAACUUCUUGUAAGAAACUCACAUAUGGACAGCACCUGUGAGACCAUUACAAAAGUGAAAAAGUUUGAACCUGGAACUGGGAUGCAGAGCAAAAAGAGUUCAAAGAAAAAAAUGAAUGAAACUAUAUUUUGUUUGGUCUCUAUCCCAGUUAAAUCAGAAACAAAUCUGCCAGAUACAGAUAGGAACAACAACAUAACCCAGAGCCCUGAUAAGAACGGGUUUGAUAACAAUGGGGCUUUGCAAGAACAAAGUCUCUUAAGUAUGUCUUCAACUGACUUGGAGUUACAAGCUCUUACAGGAAGCAUGACCAAUAAAAAUGAGUUACAAAAACAAGAGCUGUGGAGACCAGAAGAGUUCAAACAAAUGAAUGACCUCAGAUUUAUUCAGCCUGCAAAACACAGAGAGCUCAAAUACUCUGGCUCCUGGCCAGGUGAUCAGUACAAAGACCAGCAAACACAGACCAGUUUCUCUGAAGAACCUAAAAACCCACAGAUUUUCCAUGGUACAAAGCCUGGGCAACCCAGCAGAAACAAAUCUCUGUCUCCAAAGCAACUAGGAUGUAUGAUAUCCGCAGCUGGGUCGAAACAGACAGGGUCACUUUCUGAUGACAGAGGCUGCAUACAGGGUGCUUAUGGCAUCAAGGGGCAGAUGUACCUCAGCCAGUCCAGCAACAGCGCAUUUUCUAGAACUGCCACCUCCGUCCCACAGGCCUCCUCGCCAAAGGGCCACCAGAGCCAGACCCUGCCUGCCCAGGAGCGGGAAGCUGGCGUUCUUCCCAAGGCUGAUGUAGUUAAGGGAGGAGCAGGAGCUCCUUGCAACAGUAAAGAGCUGUUUGGGCAGUUCCUUCUGAAGCCUGUCAGUCGCCGACCCUGGGAUGCAAUAAGUGAGCUAGAAAGUUUUAACAAGGAGCUGCAAGGGCAGGAAGAGAGCAUGAGCAGUGAGGAAGACUUGGAAAGUGCAGGAGCUUCUCCACAGUCAUGUGCCCUUCCACAGAGAAGGUCACCUAGAAAUGGAAACCAAGAACCAAAACGUGGUGGGAAGUUGGAAACAGUUGUGCCAGAGGUGCCUGUAUUUAAGUCAGGGAGAGUUAAAAGUAAGUCUGAAAGUUGGAGCACAGGGACAGAGCAUGGCACUGAGAUGGGCUGUGUUGGCUCUCAGUGCUCUUCGCAGCCAGGAGGGAGCAAUGAAGGAGUCAGAUCAGCAGAUGGAAGUCUGAUAACAGAAAGGAGGACGGUGGAAGCCAAGAAUAGAGCAAACAGCCAGCCAGUUCGCACAGCACCUAUCAAGAGAUUCUUGUCCAGUAGCCCAAGCAGCUCCUACCAUGGUAAUCCUUUUAAUAAUCCUGUCUUACAGGAGAUGAGUGAAGACCAAAAUUAUCUAGACUUUGUUAAACUGAGCAAAGGUGCAGCUCCCCAAAAUGAUACAAAAUUCGAGAGAGGCUCAGUAGUACGCUUGUCCUUAACCAAGAGGAACCAAGGGUGCUCUGAGCCAGAUUUGAGGGCAGUGGGACUUGAUACAGCCUCAGGCCGUGGUGCUAGCAAUUCUGAUUACUCUUCAAAUGAAAAUUCUGUGGAAAUCCCUGUGAAUGAGUCCUUGCAGGCAAGAGCUGCAAGAAUUUUAGGCAUAGAAAUAGCAGUGGAAUCUCUCCUUCCAGAUGACCACGUUGGACCCCAGCCAGGCACAAGGCCUGCAAGCAAUGCCCAUGACCUUGGGUCAUCAGCAGAGAGCACUGUAAGUGGCAAAGAAGGAAAAAAAGACAAUUCUUAUGAAAGCAGACGUAAGUGUGGCUGGACAGAGAGUGCUCUCUUUGUUGGAGAAAGGGACCAAUCAUUAUACCCUGAUGAAUGCCAGACCACUCACCAGGAAGGCAGCACUAAAAUGUUGGUGAAGGAGCAAACGUUUGAGCAACCUGUGAGACCCAGCAAAGGUGGAGACCAAAACUUGGUGUCCAAACCAGCUGUGUGUCAGCACUCAGAAAAGAGAGUGAGGAACACCUCAAAAGUGAUAGAGACACUACAAGGCAAGCUCACAUCUCCACCAAGCCGGACUGCCAUGGAUCGCUUGGUGCGAAUGAAAGAAGUUGACUCUGUGUCCCGGAUGAGACGUCUGAGCAUUAAAAGUGCAGACUCAGGAGAGGAGGUGGAUGAGGAGAAGCUGUUGAAGGUAUAUGAGGAGAGAGGAAGCAAACUGGCAACUUCAGGGACUGUCUCCAAGCGUGUUGUCUCUCUCAAUGAAAAUGGGUAUUUAGGUGGAAUGGACAAGAAGAAAAUCGACAGAGAUUUUUCCUUAGGUAAGACUCUACUUUUGGAGAUCCAAGUGGGUACUGUUUUCUUAUGUAACAGGCACAAUCGCUUUGCUUAUGCCCACGUAAUGAUGCUCAAAUAGUAACAGGCUGUAGGUGGUACUACCCCAUCUGGUUGCCACCUCUUUUAUUCUCCUUUUGGAAGAGGUAACAUGAGUGAGUGAUCCUAUUUUAGGAAAACUUACUGUAAAACUAACUUGUGAUACUGAAACUCAUUCACAGAGGCUGGAGCAGUCCCCGAGGUUUGCUGUCUGUCUAAUUGUUUCAGGGAACUACUAGUUUUAAAUAGCUCAGUUCAAAGAUAGUCACUCUUAUGCCAGUGUUUAGGAACAUGUGGUGAUUUAAUCAUAGCCUCUCCUUGAAUACCUAAUUUUCCAUCUCUAAUACUUAAGUAGACACAUACUGUAUCAGAGUUCAGAAAGAACUAAAAAUAAAAAUCUGAUGUUCUUCUGUGAAGCCUCUGGGAAAUGGCUACAUUAAGGGGCCUGGAAAAUUCUCUCUCUCAUGAAUAUUUUCCAAAUCACAUGUUGAGCACAACUGUUAUCCCCAGGUCAAAUGGAACGUUGACUUUUUCAGUGAACACCUUUUUUUUUUGGUGUGUGUGUUCCUCAUCUCUCAAAAGCACAUAAACUUGGGUACUCCAUAUGCACCCCCGAAGUAACGUGAGCUGUUCUCUCUCCACAACAGUUUUCAUAUGGCAUUGUAUUGAGCAACUGAAAAUCAGUUGUUGCCAUAGAUCUGCGUAAAGGGAUGAAUCUCCCAGGCUCCCUGCCUAGUGCAUUAAAUUAAUUGGAGUGAGCCAGUGCAAAGUGUGAAAGUUGUUACAUUACUAUAAUCUUCUCUCUUUCUCUAUCCUCCUUGCAACAGCCACCACUCUAUCUUGAAAUUCACACAGAUUAUUCAUUAAACUCCAUCGGUGUAAAUCUAUUUACAGUUUUCCAGUACAGAGGGACUGAAACUAUAUUGAGCAUACUUUAUAAUGAAUGUAUGUAUUUAUUUCUGAAAAUAAAUGUUUAUGUGAGUUCUAAGCAUUGACUCUUCCAGUCUUACAGCCUUUUCCUUUGCAUCUUUUUCUGUAUCCCACAGCUCUGCAUCUCCUUCUGCUCUGAACCAUAUUUCUCUAGAGCAGGUUUUCCAAACAAGCUAAUUCAGCUUCCACAUAUCCAUCAGAUCUCGUAUGCCCCACAUGUAUCUCAUAUGCUUUCCUCUUUUGGGGUUACUGCUGGAAUGAAGAAGAUAACUGUUGUAGUGACAGGACUUCAGGGAUGUAUGAAAACAGAUUGUGUGUGUUUUAUUAGAGCCUUGUACUCAGAAUUAUUCUGCAGCAAAUUAGGCCUAGUUUUAUCCUUCUUACUGACAAUACCAGGCUCGUAUUCUGCAAUGUGUGCCCACUGCAGUAGUUCCUUUUAACAGCUUUCCUCAUGUCUGCAUCAUGACUGUCCCUUCGUGCUGCACAUAUCCAGCACUGCAGGGUAACACACAUGGUAGAAGCAAUCCCCUCCACUGGCUUCCUCCCGUCCAAAGAGACUGACUUGCUGACAGCUGCAAGAUCUUCACCUUGCCUUAGUGAGGCAGGACUGGAGAUUUUUGUUUAUAGAAGGGCCUGAUGUUUGUCGACUUUGUUAACUCUCACUCCAUCUUCCAGACUGUCUCACUGGUACCAGUGAAAGCCAAAAUGAGAACUAGUCUUGAAAAAGCACUGAUAUGCAUUCCUUUCAGGGAGUAGAUAUUUCUAAAGUCCAUUCUAGUUGGAGUGAGCUAGGGUGACGUUAGUCUUAUAAUUGCAGACUGGGCCUCCUUUAGAGGCUCGGAGGCCUUAGAAGAAACAGACUUUCACAUGCAUAAUGUAGCUUGGCAGAUGAACAGUCAUCUCAGAAUAAGAGCUGAUCUUACUAUGCAAAUAGUGCCAUUUGAAGAACAUCUCCAGUGUUCCCAAAUGUACUGGAUGUUUUUUUCUUCUUUGCUGUUUGAAGACUGCUUCCGUGAGGCUACUGAUCUGGCUUUGUUUCUGUAAAGAGCAUUGCAAAUUAGCUUAACCAAAUGCUGAAGAAAUGUUUGUGCAUCAGUGCAGGUAUUCCAGUAUUUGCCCUUUCAGAAUUCUGACACUGCUCGGAGUCUUCCUGGCAGUCUGGAUCUUUGGGGUCCUUGGUUUAGAUGCUGAAAAUCUGAGUAAGCUUUUAGGGAAUAAUCUGGGCUGUGCAGAAGUCUUGUGGCCUGAGUUUCUCACCCCACUCCCUCAGACAGUGAGCUCCUCCAACUGGUGGUGAGUUCUCACAGCGUAAAUGAGUCCAAAAACUGGGCCAGGGAGGCCUUGGGAGAACCUAGUUUCUGAAAUGUUAAUCCAUUUUUAUUCUUAGGUCAGCUUCGUGCAGAGCGGUUUGGAACUUUAGAUGGAGAAAACAUUUAUAAUUGCAACUGAAAUAGUAUAUUCUCACACUGCCAAUGCACUAAGCUUAGAUGCGGCGCUGUCCUGGAGUGCACCAGCCCUCAAACACUAUGUUCCUUUUGAAUUUGUGCAUUAAUGUGGUAUCUGUCCUUGAAGUUUGGAAAUACCAGCAGAGGCUGAACAGUGAUAAGCAGUUCUUACAUAGGCGCUGCUGGCACAGACUCCUUUCUUGGCUAGCCUAUCAGUGUGAGGAGAGUGGAAUUACAGAUCCCAGCCCAGCACCCACUAGGGCCAAAGUUCUUUCUUAGCCAGUCUCUUGAUAAGCAUCUGGAUGCUGCAGAGGGACACAUAGAAGUAAAAAUUUCUCUCUGAGGAUUUUUAUGCUUGUUUGAAUGAAGACGUUCACUCAUAUCAAUGUAAAAUUGCUCAGGGUGAACAUUUUACACUCAAGUGUGAUACUUAUGGGUCCAACUAUUUUCAUACUUAACUGUUUAAAUGCAAGUGUUACGGGAGUAUAGCCUAUGGGAGGGACUUUUAAGGUUAGCACAGAUACCCAAGUUACACAGGCACAGCAAGUAGCAUAGGCUGCAGUUGUCCAGUUGUCCAGACCCCUGUGGGAAUACAGACUCCUCUGCAGCUGUGCAUCCCAAGGUGUCUGGGGUAAGGCAGGCAUGUGCAGGGCAGGCAGAUCUGAGAAGGCAAAGCCCUUUCAUUGCAAUCCUCUCCAAAAGUCACAGGGAUGUAGGAUGAAAGAGAAGUCUUGUGUCUGUUCGCUGCAUGGCCGAUGUCAGAAAUGCAAAGUGAGGUCUAUCCUGUGACCUAGCAAGAGGUAGGCUUAAAAUAAAGAUCAAUGUUAGUAAGACAGUGCAGUGCUUUAGUGAGUGAUGUUCAAACCAUGAGCUGCAGUUUUGCUGGCUGAAGUGAGGCAGUUUGACUGCUGUGAUGCGAUACAGUGAUGCUUUCCAUUAUGCCACUGCAUGAAUCUCAAGCUGAGAAAGCACAAUCAAAUAAAAAGAUGCUGAAAACUGAACUUAUCACUGAACCUUAAUCACUGGGCCUUAAUCACCCCACUGGGAGGUGUGCAGCAUUUAUGUAGUGUUCAGUGUAAGGGGGGCAAGUCUUGUGUCUUUUGUCUCAGAGCAUCUGAACACUAGAAGCAAUCAUUUAGCAGUCAGUGAGCUUUCUCCUACCCACACAAGGCUUCCCAAUUAUAUCCCCAUGCAUUUGAUCUGAGUUGCUCCUGAGUUAUACUGGUGCAAAUACAGAAUUUGGGUCAGGAAUGUAUUAUGUAUUUUUAGGGCUGUCAGUCCAGUAUUAGUUUCCCUUUUCUUUAUAUAAAAAUUAGGGGGAAAAAAUCUUAUUUCCAUGGCUCACUGCAUGUACCAGUGUUGGAAAAGUUCCACAGUACAUUAUUCAU